GCUCAGAAUGUAUUUCUAUUAGCAACAUGUCUAGAGGUUUGUUGAAAUUCAGACUAAACAUGACUUUCAUUGUACCAUUUGAAGGUAAAUUAUCUCAGUUUGUUCAGUUUCUAAACUUGAAAAAUUCCAGAAUUCCCCUUGUUAAUGGUACUUUGUGACAACUUCCAGGAUGUUCUGUUUCAGAGAUACCUUCCUGCACAGUCACUACUUCUGGAGCUUUCAUUGCAGGCAUGCUUCACUUUGGUGUGACUCCAAGCUGAGAACCAGUCUUCCUGUUGUCCAAGGGAAAGGACAAGAAGACACUUCUCAGGAUGAGCUGGCUCGGGCAUCACCUCUCCAGGUGCCACGAGGACAGUUCCUUGCUCAGGACACACAUGCCACUCUUCUCACUCAUGUCAUCUGAAGAUGAGCAUUUCAUCUCUGACUUGAGGAGCCAAGUACCAGCUCGUGCCGUGGUGAAGCAACCUAUCCGCGGAGCCAGCGGCAGGACCACGGUCACAGCUAUUGUUCAGACUGGUGGAGACUGGAGCACCGGCCUCUUCAGUGUCUGCAGAGAUAGGAAAAUCUGUUUCUGUGGUCUCUUUUGUCCCAUGUGUCUUGAGUGUGACACUGCCAGGCAUUAUGGAGAGUGUCUUUGUUGGCCACUGUUACCAGGGUCUACCUUUGCAUUGAGAAUUGGCACCAGAGAGAGACAUAAGAUACAGGGGACACUCUGUGAAGACUGGAUGGUGGUGCAUUGCUGCUGGCCUUUCUCGGUCUGUCAGGUGGCCCGAGAACUCAAGAUGAGAACCCCCCAGCUCUACGAAAUCUGUGCAGUGCAAGCACCCAAGGACACCCUGGUUUGACAGCACUCCUGCCCUCCCUCCCCCGCCCUUUCCUCUCCAACCUGUCUCAGAUUGUUUUUUUAUUCAUUAGGUUCUCACUGGAAUAGAAUAAAUGAUUUACU